CAGGCAGUCAAAUCAAAGUCAGAUAUUACAACGUGUCAGUUUUUCCACUUUCACGGGGUUCGCGUAAUAACAUGUUCAACUACUUAAGACAUUGGCUCGAAUCUAAGUUGUGCCUUUAGAUUUCUAGAAAACUAAUAACCAAGGAAGAUUGUUAACUUCUCUCAUUGACUAGGCCGUUUUUUGAGAAGUCAAUUUGGUCUGUUUCGCAAGCUUAGAAACCAGUGUUCCAAGUUUCGCUUCUGAACUUUUUUUCGAUUCCUCAAUUCCGUAUGGUCCUAAACGAAGCAAGAAUAACAACAACCAGUCAGUAUCAUUUCGAAACUAACGUUAUCCAUAUCAAGCUUAGGCUAUAAAUCGCCAAAAGAAACGCCAAUGACUUGGUAACAAAUCAUUUAGAAAAUAUAGAAUUAAGACAGAUACUAGUCAGGUAGGAGAUUCCGAGAUAACGUUAGCUGCGCUCGGUUGGUCUGCUCCAAACUAUUGUGGCGAUUGUAAAUAUUGCAUCAAGAAAUCAAACAGGUCACUGAUAGCAUACAACAUAGUUUGCGUUUCGCACGUCCAUUUUUAUUUUGACAACUCACAUUUCUUCGAAAGGCAAUGUCUAGAAUGCUGAGCAAGGAUCUCCCGGAUAUCGAGAAUAUCCUGGCCCUGAACCCCCGGGUGAAGAGCCAUGCUGAUAUCUGCUCCACCUCUGCUAAGAAAGUAGAGAAGAAGCACUGGAAAAGAAACCCAGAGAAAGGCUGUGAUAGCUGCGUGACGCUGGAGAACAAUUUUGAUGACAUCAAACACACAACUCUGAGCGAGCGCGGAGCACUUCGGGAAGCAAUGAGGUGCCUGAAAUGUGCAGAUGCCCCAUGUCAGAAAAGUUGCCCUACCAACCUGGACAUCAAGUCAUUCAUUACCAGUAUUGCCAACAAGAACUACUAUGGGGCGGCGAAGUCGAUCUUGUCAGACAACCCCCUAGGCCUGACUUGUGGCAUGGUGUGCCCGACCUCUGACCUCUGUGUGGGGGGCUGUAACCUCUACGCCUCUGAGGAAGGACCAAUCAACAUCGGAGGGCUGCAGCAGUUCGCCACUGAGAUCUUUAGUAAGAUGGGCAUUCCUCAAGUGAGGAACCCAGCUCUCCCUCCUCCAGACCAGAUGCCUAACAGCUUCCACUCCAAGAUCGCUCUGAUUGGCUGUGGCCCGGCCAGCAUCAGCUGUGCUUCCUUCCUGGCUCGCCUUGGCUACGAUGACAUCACCAUAUUCGAAAAACAGAAGUGGAUCGGAGGACUGAGCUCUACGGAGAUCCCUCAGUUCAGGCUGCCAUAUGAGGUAGUGCACUUCGAGGUGGAGCUGAUGAUGGAUUUGGGCAUCAAGGUGGUGUGUGAGAAAGCCCUGGGCCAGGACGGGAUGACUCUGCUCUCUCUGAGAGAUGAAGGUUACAAAGCUGUCUUUAUCGGCAUUGGUCUUCCACAGGCUAACAGACAUAAAAUAUUUGAGGAGCUGACGAUCGAACAAGGCUUUUACACGUCAAAGGAUUUCCUACCUUUGGUCUCCAAAGCCAGCAAAACAGGAAUGUGUAGCUGCAAGUCUUCCCUGCCAGAGCUGCGUGGCACGGUGAUUGUUCUGGGUUCAGGAGACACAGCUUUCGACUGUGCCACUUCUUCCCUGCGCUGCGGUGCCAAGCGGGUCUACGUGGUGUUUAGGAAAGGCUUCACCAACAUCAGGGCUGUCCCCGAGGAGAUGGAGCUGGCCAAGGAAGAGAAGUGUGAGUUCAUGCCCUUCCUGUCCCCUCGUGAGGUCAUCAUGAAGGCGGGUCGCGUGGCGGGAAUGGAGUUCUGUCGUACGGAGCUGACAGACGAAGGUGAUUGGAUGGAGGACGAGGAUCAGAUCAUACGCCUCAAGGCCGAUUACAUCAUCAGUGCCUUCGGAUCCAUGCUGAGCGACCCCAAAGUGAAAGAGGCCAUGGCUCCGGUGCUGUUGAACCGCUGGGGUCUCCCAGAGCUGGACCCAGAGAGCAUGCAGAGCAGUGAGUCCUGGGUGUUUGCUGGGGGCGACGUGGCAGGACAGGCAAACACCACCGUGGAGUCAGUCAACGACGGCAAACAGGCAUCCUGGCACAUGCACAAGUACCUACAGUCUCUCCACGGCCAGACGGUGUCCAGCGUCCCCCAGCUCCCUCUCUUCCACUGUGCCAUCGACUCUGUGGACAUCGGUGUGGAGAUGUGUGGGAUCAGGUUCCCCAACCCCUUUGGCCUGGCCUCUGCUCCCCCCACCACCAGCACAGCCAUGAUCCGCAGGGCCUUCGUGGAAGGAUGGGGCUUCGCUCUCACCAAGACCUUCUCUCUGGACAAGGACUUGGUGACCAACGUGUCUCCCCGUAUCGUGCGUGGGACGACCUCAGGCCCCAUGUUCGGUCCGGGACAGAGCUCCUUCCUCAAUAUCGAGCUGAUCAGUGAGAAGACUGCUGCCUACUGGUGCCAGAGUGUUACCGAGCUCAAAGCUGACUUCCCCAACAAGGUCAUUAUCUCCAGUAUAAUGUGCAGCUAUAACAAAGCUGACUGGACAGAGCUUGCCAAGAUGGCAGAGGCCUCAGGAGCUGAUGCCUUGGAGUUGAAUCUGUCUUGCCCACAUGGUAUGGGGGAGAGGGGCAUGGGACUGGCCUGUGGGCAGGAUACAGAGUUGGUGCGUAACAUCUGCCGCUGGGUGAGACAAGCUGUCCAGAUCCCCUUCUUCGCCAAACUGACCCCCAACGUCACCAACAUUGUGGAUAUAGCCAUGGCAGCACACGAAGGUGGUGCAGAUGGCGUCACAGCAACCAACACGGUAUCUGGGCUGAUGGGGCUCAAGGCAGACGGCACUCCUUGGCCUGGCAUUGGCCGUGGCAAGAGAACCACAUAUGGCGGCGUGUCUGGAAACGCCAUCCGGCCCAUCGCACUGCGUGCUGUAUCCGCCAUCGCCAAAAGCCUGCCUGGCUUUCCCAUCCUGGCCACUGGGGGCAUCGACUCAGCGGAGUCUGGUCUGCAGUUCCUUCAUGCUGGAGCUUCUGUCCUGCAGGUGUGCAGCGCGGUGCAGAACCAGGACUUCACUCUGAUCGAGGACUACUGCCUGGGUCUAAAGACUCUGCUCUACCUGAAGAGCAUCGAGGAGCUACAGGACUGGGAUGGCCAAUCACCUCCCACAUUGCGCCACCAGAAGGGCAAACCUGUACCGCGACUGGAGGAACUGGUGGGCAAGAGUUUACCCAGCUUUGGACCAUAUCUGCUUGAGAAGAAGAAGGUUUUGGCCGACUACAAGAAGGCAGUGAGAGACUACGUUGAGAAGACCACAGUAGUGGAGGCCAAUGGCACCAGAACGUACACUCCCAAGAGACCAGUCCCAGCUGUCAAGGAUGUUAUAGCCAGGGCUCUGAAGCACAUCGGUGCAUACGGGGAGCUGAACAACACAGAGCAGGUCCAGGCUGUUAUAGAUGAGAAAAUGUGUAUCAACUGUGGCAAGUGCUACAUGACCUGCAAUGACUCUGGGUACCAGGCUAUUUCGUUUGACCCUGAGACCCAUUUCCCUAUAGUUAACGACAGCUGCACCGGCUGCACUCUCUGUCUCAGUGUCUGCCCUAUCAUCGAGUGCAUCAAAAUGGUUACCAGGACAACACCGUAUGUGCCCAAGAGAGGCCUGCCUCAAGCCGUCAUGCCCGUAUGCUGAAACUAAAGGAUGGAGAGAAAGAAACAAAAACGUCCACCAAUGUCUGUUUGACAACAUCGAUUCCUCUGCUUUGUAAUUGUGCUGUGAAAAAUUACCUUGAUUAUAUGAAAAUAAUUAUUAGUGUGGAGAAAUAAUUGCCUUAUAUAUUCCCAAGCCAAUUAUCUACAAAUAAUCAACCGGGCGGCAAAACGUGGCAGUAUUUCUAAACAAUGGUGGUGUGGUGAUGUGUUGUUGUUUUGUCGUUUUUUUUCUCUUCCCCGUUGUGUCAAGGCUGUGAUAAUGAGAGUGAAGGGGGAAGGUGGAAGAGAAAGGAGGGAGGAAGAGAAAGGGGAAGGCAGAAAAUAAUGGAUGUUUAUGUGUCUGGGCUCUAUCUGACAAACUGACGCACCAAUGCUACAUUUCCUAACAAGCAUGCGUGGAUGGCAGUCGGACCACAAGCCCAGAGCUAUGAAAUUAGACAUAUGUUGGGAGGGAUAAUCAGAAGGACAAGAAGUGGUAAUGAACAAAGAUGAAUAGGUGAUCGUGACAGCAUGAGGUAUUCCACCUGUGAACGUCCAGACAAUCUCCUCUCAUACCACAUCAGAACUGGAGGUCAUUGUUUAAUUUUUAUCAAGCACUGCAUCUGUUUAGUUUGGUUCCUCCCAGUGUUAGCUACAAGCCAGCUUUACUUUUAGUUUAACUUGCCCUGCACUCCCAGUGUUAGCUACAAGCCAGCUUUACUUUUAGUUUAACUUGCCCUGCACUCCCAGUGUUAGCUACAAGCCAGGUUUACUUUUAGUUUAACUUGCCCUGCACUCCCAGUGUUAGCUACAAGCCAGCUUUACUUUUAGUUGAACUUGCCCUGCACUCCCAGUAUUAGCUACAAGCCAGCUUUACUUUUAGUUUAACUUGCCCUGCACUCCCAGUGUUAGCUACAAGCCAGCUUUACUUUUAGUUGAACUUGCCUUGCAUCAAAGCUUAAAAUGUAUUCUACUAUUACUACUAAUACUAUUUGCAUCUGUCUGUGGUUAUGUGGAUUACACAUUGAUUGUCUUAACUGUU